CAUUGCUGCAUUUUGCCUAGAGGGUUUUGUAUCUCAUUGAAAGCCGUUAUAAGAGAGAUCCGGGUGCUUCUCGUUUUUCGCAGGCAUCGAUUUAUUCCGAUGAUUGAGAUUCGGCGUACAUGUAACUUGAGUGGGACCCUGGGGGCCCAAGCUGCUGAUAUCGAUCUUGAGAAAGCCAAUGGGAUAUCGGGCGAGCGACCAUAUUCAUCAAGCUCAGAGUCGACAUGGGAAAGCCAAAAUGAUAUCUGGAGUUUCCCAAAUUCCCCAACUGGGGAACGGAUUGUAGUCGACGAAGAUUCUGAUGAAGAAAGCGUGCAAGUCCAAGAACCAACAAGCCACACAAACCGAUUCUUGAGGGCGAUUACCCCAAGGUAUUUCACCAAGCCAUCAUUCCGGCCUUUCCGAUCCAUUGCCCGGAAGCUGGAGCGUUGCGGAGAUGGCUAUCCGUACUUGGCGACAUUCUUAGACAGCGAUGAGAACUUCAUGAUCUAUCGAAGAUUUGGCUUUCUCCAUGCUCGGCUUCUUCUUCAGAAACAGGACGAGCUUCGCAUAAUGGAAGAAGAGUUAGACCAAAUGGACCAACGAGACAAGGUACACAACACGAAAGCAUUGCAAUGUAGGAUGGAAGAUGUUGAACGCCAAGACAGGGUGGUAGGGGAAACGAGACAAGCCCUACUUUCUCGUAUAGAGAACACCAUUUUGAUAUAUGAUGAACUUCUCCUUAAGGCCCAACAACUUGCAGCUUCCAAUCGUCCCCCGGAGCGCGAUUACAAUAGCGUGGCUAAUUUUGUCCAUGACAAAAAGCCGUUGAUGCAAGGGGAUGAUGACUUUAUUUAUCAUAAAGGAGACUUAAUUACCCUCCGACCUCGCAGAGGGAGAGCUUGGCUUGAUGCAGCUGUGGAGAAAAUCCUGAAAUUAUUUCCCCGUACUGCGGUCAAAUAUGUGUUCUGCUCAAAGGAAACUUCUGCCAAAACCACAGAUGUAUCUACCUUUCUUGACAUCAAACCACGCGUGAAUCGAAUCGUGAGCUUUGCUGUCAUGAUCAUGGUGCUUACGCUCUUGGUUGUGACAAUGAGUACAGAUAUACUUCAAUAUUCAAAAAUCCCAGAUACCAAUGACUAUGAAGAAGACUACUCAUCUGCGGCACUCAAGCUUUGGGUAAUCGUCACGCUGCCUUUCACGGCCCUGACGUUUCUAGCGUGGUGGGUUCUGUACUGGUGGGCAUACAGGAAACAGCAUGUGAAAGCUAUGAUAGAAAAGCGGGAAAGGAUGAACAAAGGAGGAUUAGUCAACAUCGUUUGAAUGCCAAUUGGAGCGUGCCCUCAUUAUGGCAGUAGUUAUUUUCCGUUAGAUCGUAUACACUAUCAUCAAUGAAGGCAUGCUCCAAUUGGCCUUCACAGAAAGGUUGGAGGACGCUAUCCACAAGCACCGUUGAAGCCAAAGAAGAGCAAGGUUCCAUGGACAGAAGAAGAGGGUAUAAAGCUGCUCCAGAUGUGGAACGAAGGCCGUUCGUGGGAAUAUAUCUUUGCUGCCCUCCCUAGCCGGAGUGAAGGGACUAUCCGGGUGCGCUGUUCGACAAAAUUUAAAAAGCGACUUCGUACAGGGCCCGGUCGUUCUUGAACUGGAGGAGGGACCACUUGCUUCAUUGACGUUGGGCCUCCUGUUCGGAGAAGAGUGGUGUUGGGAUAUCAGGUUAGAGGUCACGUGAAUAAAUAGCGUAUAAUCAGUUUCAACGGUGCUGAAUUGACUUCUGUUCUACAGUGAUAGGUAGCC